AUGGCCCCAGGCGCGGUCGCGACUCCCUUGACGGGCGAAAAUCUCGUUCCGCAAGGUGUUCGCGCACGCGUGACCGAACCACAACAACAGCAAGAUACACCAAUAAUAAUACUCAACGCCAAUAUCAAGAGACCAAGAUACACAUUCGCGAGGAUGGAGGAUCUAAGCAGAGCUGCAGGACUCUUCUUACAACACAUCAAGGAUCACCCUGAUGAACGAGUUAGUGAGGGUACGACCACUGAAUUUGUCAGGAAUGUGUGGAAAUACGCCACUGCAUCUGCGAUGAAUGACACCACGGAGGCUGCUGCGGAGAUCAAGCGGCUGCUUGAGCGAGUCCAACAGGACACCGCGGUAAUCCGUACAAGAACUGAGCCAUCAUCUAAAUCAAGCAUAUCGAUGGGGCUGUCCAGUGAUUCCGCCACCCUCUGGAGAAACUUCAACGCGCAAAAAUGGCAAGCGGACCUACGAAGCGCGGUCUCACCCAUAUCUCAAAGCGCUGGAUCAUCAACCCUAGGUGUCAGCCAUGCAGAGCUGGGCAUGGACUGCGAGAUCGUCGUCAAGAUCCGUGACGAUUCUCAACGUACGAAGCUACGCAAGCAACAACCUGUAGAUAUUGUGAAAGAUGCUGAACGAGCUAGGGCUCAAGCAGCGAAGAGCACUCCAAGCCUAGCUCUAGCCGGUCAUGCCUUUAUCGCCGCACGUCAGCUCCCCUCAGGGGAUAUCAGCCUACGAGCGAAUCACGCCGCGGCUGCUGAGGUCCUCCGCCAGCAUUGUGAGAGUUGGGUUCACGUAUUUGGGGAGUCUGCCUACGUACGCGUUCCUACGUGGGGAAUCGUCAUUGAUGGUAUGCCGGUAAGGAGCGUCGAUCUGAGCGAGGAUUUUAAGGCACAACUUGUGGCCGAGAAUCGCUACACCUGGGGACGGGAGGCAGGAAUCAAGAUCGCGCACGUCGGCUGGCUUACUAAUCCUACCGUCCUUCACCGCCUGAUGACUAGACCCACCUGA